CGAAAACGAAGUUUCGACUAUCCGAUCUUAAAUUCCUUAUCUUUAUUCGAAAAGGGAGCCAAGGACUUUCCAGAACAACCUGCCCGCCAUGCCCAAGACACUCCAAAAAGUUCACAAGCAUAUCGCCAAGAAGCGAGGCGCUGUCGAGGCUCUUCAUGAGUUCAGCAGAGAUGCGAGGAGACUGCGCCGAGCUAAUGCCCGAGAUGAUCGAGUCGCUCGUGUCUCGGCCAACAUGUCGCGGGGAAGACAGACAUACGUCGACCGGAUCGCAUACUUCUACGAGACCAUCCCGGAAGGCUCAGAACCCAUGUCAGAGGAUGAAAUGAAGGAUGUUGUCGUCAGGUAUAUCAACCGCAGCGUGCCCGAAAUCGAACAACUACAGAGCGAGAGACGGAAGGGCAGGCCGCCAAGCAAGAGGGAAGAGGCAUUGUUGCAGCGGACGGAUGUUGAAAACCGGGAGUUCAAGACGGGAUUUUGGAUGCCCGACUUCAGUGAAGAGGCUGUGCUCAGGGCACUCGCCUCGUGGAACGGAGACUGGUCUGGACUCAGCACCAUGAAGUUUAUUCGGAUCACCAAGGAGGGGUCGAAACAGCCUUCAGCAUUUCCACCCAAGGGAAUGUCCUAAGGCUUCUUUCUCAUGUUCUUUUCUGCACUUUCAUUAUGGGGUUCUGGAGAUCGCAGUAUGCGCGGAGAUUUAUGGCAUAACGGCGUUAUGAUUGCACAUAGACAUCUACAAAACACUGUUUGUUGAAUACGUUCCUGUAGCUAGAUAAUAUCCAUGGAUGUCUAACGAGUCAAU